GAGAGAACAAGAGCGUCUGAUGUGUGUGCUUUCUCUGCUGACCCCCCUCGGCAUGCCAAUGCCAAGAGACGACGAGGGUUCGCAAUAAUAUCUAUUUUCUGCUGACGAUAUCAAGCCAUAGGCACGAAACCCGGCUUACAUGACCCUAGCAGCGACUUCAAUACCCAGGAUGCAAACCACUGCGGGCCACAGGUAGUCAUGUGCUGAUCAGCAUGCCAGGCCGAGAUCUGGCGCUUCCCACGGAGCCCUGGCUCCCCCAUCACCUCAACUGCCCAGGAGGGCGCUGCGGAGGACACACCCACCGCAGUGGAGCAAGAAGCCUCCAACAAGCCUUCCGGCCAGGAACUGCUGCCAUUGUGCGAUGUCCUCUUCAACAUCAUCUCAAUGGCGUCGUACUUCUGUGACAUCGUCUUCGACGUCAUGGUGGCGUACACGCUGUUGGUCGUGCGCCAGCAGUUGCUCUGGUUCUCCAUUGCCCUCACGAGCAUCCUGGGGUCACUCUUGGUCAGCCAGGGACUCUCCCUCCACUGGUACCUCCAGCGCGGCGCGAAGACCAAGGCACGCCGAGGCGGUGUGUUAUUGCUUCACGCCUUUCAAGCGGGCGUGCUGUGGCGCUACUUCAAGCUGCUCCUGCCGGUACAUCUAAGUCGUGUCAAACAGGAGGUGGCAGACCUGUGUCUGCUACGUCUCGUUCAUGGCUUUGGUGAAGCCGCACCGAUGCUGCUGCUGCAGCUGCAUCUAGCCUGGGCACAGCCAGUACCAAGCAUGGUAGCCCCUCUUGACCGAGUCUCCGCGCUGCUCUCUCUAUUCAGUGUCUGUUGGGCCCUGGCCUCCUUUAGCAAGAACAUCCGUCGCCAGCAGCUUCACCGGCUCGUCCUCACGUGGCUAGGCGUGGUUUGCCAGUUGGCUUGGCGGCUGGGAACAGUGUCUGCCAGAGCUUGCGCCCUAAUCCUUUACGCUUCGCUUUAUGGCCGCUGGGUGUUGGUGGUGCUGCUUUUACACUGGCUUGCCAUGCUGGUUUGGCUGGCGUCUCCACCCCCACGGCUAUUCCGCGGAGAUGCACCUGGCCGCCGGCUCGCUUACUGGGCCCUGCUAGCUUACGUGCACACCAUCUGUUACGUCAAUCUGAGACCCAAUCCUGGACGACAGGGUAGGGCGCGCUGCGCUGCUUUUUACACGGCCAUGUUUCUAGAGAACAGUCUUCUGACAGCCGUUUGGCUCGCGUUGAAGCCGGGCCCGCACUGGGGCCAGGACCUGGUGCUGUUUGUCGUGUGGGGAGGGUUCUUCCUUGGGCUAGGCUUCAUGCUUCUUUACUACCGAUGGUGUCAUGUGCGGAGGCUCGUGCCUCCGCCACGAGCGCCUGCUCCGGCAGCUCCAACAGGAGUGUUCAACUGCCGGUUGAAUCCAGCAGCACUCAAGAGGAAGCGCAAGAAGCCGUCGUCAUUUGUUCCGCCUGCGCAGCCUUUCUGGAAGCGUGCUCCAGUCGGCAGCAAUGUUGUGCCAGCAGUCGACAUACAGCAAAAGCUCCAAGAGAAGCGGCGUCAGCAACUUCAAGACCUUCUAGCCAUUGAAGAGGAGAUGAAGCAAGGAAAAGCUUCCUCCAAGGGGAACACUACAGGUAUUUUGCCAUUCUACUGUCAGCACCAAACAGCGAAGAACUGUUUGGAGAUGUUUGCUGUUCCAUUUGAUGAGCUUUGCUGGUGCUGGCAUGCUAAUGUUGCAGGGCCAUUAUAA